AUGGUUCACCAAGCAGAAUUCCUACAAGGAAGAGGUACAGAAGUCUCCAGCAUUCUAGCUGGUGGUUAUGCCCAUCCAUUAACAAGAGAAUGGCAAAACGAACGUCAAUUAACUAAAAACAUGUUCAUUUAUCCUUUAUUCAUAUCUGAUAACGAUGAUGAGGAAACCCUUAUUGAAUCAUUACCAAAUCAAAAAAGAUGGGGUGUCAAUAAAGUUGUUCCUUUUGUCUCUAAUCUAAUUUCGAAAGGUCUAAAAGCUGUCAUUCUUUUCGGUGUUCCUUUAAAAGAAGGCUCAAAAGAUCCAGUAGGAACUUCUGCUGAUGAUCCAGAAGGUCCUGUUAUCCAAGCUACCAAAAUCUUGAAGAAAAACUUCCCAGAUUUAUACAUAAUGGCUGAUGUUUGUUUAUGUGAAUACACUUCCCAUGGUCAUUGUGGUGUCUUAUUUGAUGAUGGUACUAUUAACAGAGAAGAAUCUGUUAAAAGAAUCGCUGCAGUCGCUGUCAAUUAUGGUAAAGCCGGUGUUGACUGUGUGGCACCAUCUGAUAUGAUUGAUGGUAGAGUUCGUGAAAUCAAACUAGGUCUUAUUGAAGCCAAAUUGGCUCAUAAAGUGUUUGUCAUGUCUUAUGCGGCUAAAUUCAGUGGUAACUUGUAUGGCCCAUUUAGAGAUGCUGCAUGUUCUCAACCGGGUCAAGGUGAUAGAAGACGUUAUCAAUUACCUUCAGGUGGUCGUGGUUUAGCUAGAAGAGCUUUGAAAAGAGAUCUCGAAGAAGGUACCGAUGGUGUUAUUUGUAAACCAUCAACUUUCUAUUUGGAUGUUAUGGCCGAUGCUGCUGAAAUUUGUAAAGAUUAUCCAGUUUGUGCUUACCAUGUUAGUGGUGAAUAUGCAAUGUUACAUGCUGCUGCUGAGAAAAACAUUUGUGAUCUGAAAACUAUUGCAUUUGAAGCUCAUAAUGGGUUCUUGAGAGCUGGUGCUAGAUUAAUCAUUAGUUAUUUCACUCCUGAAUUCUUGGAAUGGUUGGAUAACUAA